AAACAAAAAAGUGAGUUCCGAAUGGAAUAACAGCUAUUAUGUAGUGUGAGGAAAUCGCCGUAAAUAACCUAUGACUUGUUACCGCGUUAACCGGCGACUUGUCACACGGACAGAUUUAUGAAUUUUUCUUAGAAUAUAGUGUUGGUAACCUUGGUAACUAUUAGUCAUGACAGCAGACAAAAGGGUAUUUGCGGGUUGUCAGAUUGUCCUGGACCUCAGCACCAGCGUGGGAUUCAAGAAGAAACAGGAAAUUAGAAAAACCAUUACAGAAAAUGGUGGAAUAAUAUCCUACAUUGUCACUAAAAAGAGUACCCAUGUCGUACUGAAUGAUGCAGAGAAAGCAGACAUCAGCUACAAAUGUAAAAUGGCCACCAAAUUCAGAAUACCAGUGGUCUCCCUUGAUUUUAUUUUUGACUGUGUCAGUCAAGGGAAACAACUCAACACUGACGAUUAUCUCCUGGUGGGAAAAACAAAGGCGGAGGAAUUCAGCACUGGGAGAAUUGUGGCUGGAAAAUCUGGAUUAAUACCUGAAGGAAAGAAGAAGAAAAUGGUCUCCACUUUUAACCCCAAGUCCGUGAAGGUGUGGCAGGAGGGGGAUAAGAACAUGCCAGAAUUUGAUAAGGAGAGCGAGGUGGCAAAGUUUGCCAUGUUUCAGAAAUAUGAUAAGAAAACACAGACAACACAGUUUUGUGUAUUGGAGAUUCAGGCAUCUAAAAGAGUGAUUUCCCUUGACAACAAGGAACCCCCACCCAAAUUUUGUGUUUGUUCUCAUGUGGGCAGUGUGGGAGAUAUACAGGACAAACCAAAUAGCGGCAUUAGGGAAUAUCGUUUUACGCGGAUGUCAGAGGAAGCUCUCAGUGUAUAUAGCGCCCUCUAUAAGCAGAUGACAGAGCCCCCUAUUGGUAUGAAAGUUUGUCGAAAGCCUCCAAGUCAGAAUAUAGGCAGUAAGAAAUUCCAAAAGAUGAUUGUGGAGUAUGGAAUGGAGGAGACAGAGUUGUCUACCCCUGUGGCUGAGCUGAUGCGACACAUUUGGCAGGAGGCAGGAGGAGAAAUAGAGGACAUCCUCAGUAGUCCACUACAGUCCCUCAAACUGGACCAGGUGGAGAAGGCGACAGCCAUUUUGACCCAGAUGAAGGAGAACCAAUCGGAUAACAGUAAACUACAGGGUCUAUUUGAGGAAUUCUACUCCGCACUUCCCCACCGACCUCACCACCGGUCAACGACCUUCAGCCUUAGCUGGCUGGCCAGAAAGCUGGACCUAUGUCAGCUCAUCAGAGAUGUGGUGUCUGUGAGUGAGGCCACCAACUGGUCCACGCGGGGAAAUGUUGAGGCCCAAUACAAAGCCCUCAGAUGUCAGAUAUCACACAUAGCAGGGGGCCUGCCAAAACCAGUCAAGGACAUUCUCAAUCUGAAAGGUGGUGAUGAUAUGAACAUACAAAAUGUCUACACCAUAUGUCGACCCACAGAGAGUGAGAAAUUUCGCUCUGAUCUGGAUUCCAGGCUCCUUUUCCACGCCUCCAAUGUGGAAAAUUUUGUCGGAAUUCUCUCUAGAGGUCUUUUGAUGCCAAAGGUCAUUGUCGAUGACUACGGAGGAAAGAGAACAGACCCGGGAAUGCUGGGACAUGGGAUUUAUUUCGCUAGUUCGGCAAGCACAAGUAUAAAGUACUCAAAGUCCAGUAAAACGAGGAACACACGAAUGAUGCUGGUCAGUCAGGUAGCCCUGGGAAAUACACUGGACGUCUUCUCCCACCAGAAGGACCUCACAGCUCCCCCUAGUGGCUACGACAGCGUUCACGGAGUGGCAGCCAGUAGGGAUGUAAAAUCAGACUUUCAGGAUGACGAAUAUGUCGUCUACAGCACGGAUCAACAGAUGCUGAGUUAUCUAGUGGAGUUUACCGUGGGGGAGGAGAAACCAGAUGAGUUAUUACUGGAGAAAGAGGAAAUGGCAAGGGAGGUGACUCUGUCAGAGACUGAUGUUGACAUCAGUGACGUUCAGAAUGUCAAGGACCCACUGACUAAGGUCAAGGUCGGAUUGGUAUCCAAGGAUGACACUCCUGUCUCUUUAAGGGAAGCCCACAUCCGUGCAAAGUUGAAGGAUUUAGCUGGGGAGGUUGUAGUCCUACAGGAAUAUUACAACAUGAGUGACCAAGCCCUGGAGGCUAAAUACGUGUUUCCGUUGGAUGACAUGGCCGCAGUGUGUGGGUUUGAGGCCUUCAUUAACGGUAAACACAUUAUAGGGGAGGUCAAAGAGAAGGAGACCGCCCACAAAGAAUACAAGCAGGCCAUACAGGAGGGACACGGAGCGUAUCUCAUGGACCAGGACGAGGAAACGCCUGAAGUGUUUACCGUGAGUGUUGGAAACCUUCCCCCGCAGGCGGUGGUCAUCAUUAAAAUCACCUACGUCACGGAACUUCAGGUGGAUGGUGAAUUGAUCAAUUUCCGUCUCCCAGGGAGCGUGGCGCCAUGGAAAAAAAAAUAUGUAGAUGCUCCGGAAUUUAAAGACAAGGACUGGGACACAGUGCAGGUGUCGGAAACAGACUGCAGUAUAGACGUGUAUAUUGACAUGCCAUUCGACAUCAGAAGUCUCGAAUGUCCAACACACAAAGUACUGGUCAAGAAAACUGCCACGAAGGCUGUGGUGAGGAUGAAAGAUGAGCAGACAAUUAAUGAUGGCUUCCAGCUUUUGAUUGGUUUAGCUGAGAUACAUGUCCCACGGAUGUGGGUAGAGACAGAUGAAGGAGAAUCUCAGGCUUGCAUGUUGACAUUUUAUCCGGAGUUUGAGGCUGAAGAGGAGUCAGGGGUGGAGGUGAUUUUGAUGAUUGACAGCUCUAAUUCCAUGAAAGACUCCGCCCUCCAAGAUGCCAAGAAGGCUGCACUUCUGAUGUUGCACCACUUAAACUGUGGGUGGAGGUUUAACGUGGUGAUGUUUGGAACAGCUUUUUCGGAGCUUUUUCCAUCCUCACAGCCAGUUAGCAAAUCCAAUUUACAAGCUGCAAAACAAUUCAUUCAGAAACUACAUGCUGACCAGGGUAACACUGAACUCUGUCGACCUUUGAACUCUUUCUUCCUCCUAAAACCGGAGAGUUCCACAAGGAAUGUUUUUCUCAUUUCUGAUGGCCACAUCAAUGAUGAAGAGACGGCUCUUUACAGAAUUUCCAGAAACUAUCAGCACACCAGAAUAUUUACUCUGGGAGUCAGCUCCGUGGCGAACCGUCAUCUGCUGAAGGCUGUGGCCCGCGUCGGGGCGGGAUCUUUUGAGUUUUAUGACUCCAAGUUCAAAUCCAAGUGGGAAGAUAAGGUGAAGUCGCAGCUACAGAAAGCUGCACAACCAGUUUUGACUUCCGUAUCUGUUGACUGGCGCCAUGACGACCAGCACCCUGCCCCACUACAAGCUCCACAACAAAUCACUGCACUGUUCAACGGAUCUCGACAAGUCAUCUACGGAUUUGUGGACAACUGCUACAUGGCCACCCUGCGAGCGGAGAUAGCUGGACAAGAGAUAUCAACUGUUGUGUCGACCUCUGACCUCAGUGUCACAAAGGGCAAGAUGUUGCACAGACUCACUGCCAAAGGCGUGAUCAGGGAUUGGGAGGAUGGAGUACUCUCCCCUGACAGAACAGGACAUGAGGUUAAAAAGAUGAACAUGAAGCAGUAUGUGAUAGAGCUGAGUAAGAAAUACACGAUCGUCACAUCACUCACCAGUUUUGUUGCCAUCGAAAAGCGAGAGAAGGUAAAGACUAUCAAAAAUUGCAAGAAGGAUGAGGUUGUUCCUGAAGAUGCCCCUGAUAUCUGGGACCUGCUUGAAAAUGAAGACGUGGAUCAGCUGCAAUAUCUAUCCUGGACCGGCGAUGAUGAGGCUACAAGUGUGGGAAGUGAGACCAGUACCGAUUCAUUAGGAGAGGAAGAGGAAGAGGAGUGUGCGUCGACAGUGGAGGAGUGUGAGAUAGAGUAUGAUUUAUGUUCCGAGGGGGACUGGGUGGAGAAGUCGGCGAUGAUCAGCCCCAGGACUGCUUUACUUGAUGAGGUGAGUGACGCGAUUAGUGCACCAUACAUGGAGGAGGAGGAAGGCACUGAAUUACUAGAUGAACUUUAUGAGCUGAUGGGCGAACAAAAUGAGGGAAAGGAGAGUGCUGAUUCACCUGUAGAUGAGGAGGAGGAGGAAGAGGAAGAGGAGUGUGCGUAUGAGGAGGAAGGAAGAAAGAGUCUCAGAAAGAAGAAGGUAAAGAAAUCGCUGGGGAUCAGAGAUUCAAUAUUUGGUGUAUUAGGCAUACGGGAACAAUCAGGAGAGUUUAAGUAUGAUGAUGAAGAUGAGGCACCGAUUGUGAUGGACAUGGGCUCACUGUUUAUGAAGGCAGGAUUCGCUGGAGACUUCUCCCCCAAGGCUGAAUUUGAGACCACGGUUGGACGACCACGGCACCAGGGUGUGAUGGUCGGAAUGGGACAGAAAGAUGCAUAUGUUGGAAAGGUCACAGGAUCUAAACCUCGGUUGGGAAGAGUGGUAGAUGCAUCUCAAGAUUUGAUGUUGGCAAAAGAAAGAUUGAAGAAGACUGUGACUGUAACUAAAGAGAGGGCAGUACAGAAUGCUGAUCCAGUAUUCCUUCAAUAUAGAUCAAAGAUUGCUCUAUCUGAUGAUGAUUCUGACGAUGAAGAGAUGGGAUUCGGCUUGUUUGAUGAUGAUUAUGAGAUGCCACCAAAAACAUUAAAUGUAUCUGAUAAGGAAUUGACACGCCAAGAACCUGUAUACCAUUAUAGUAUGCCUCGUAGUGUACCUUGUUCCUCAGGAAUUUCAGAUUUGAAGAUGCAAGAAAGAGGCGCUCCCCCAUCUUCACCUUUAAUGGCAGACGGCCCAGUCUUACUAAAAAGGAAGACACAUGGUGGUGUGGUUCAACAAAGCUCUAUCACAUCACCAGCAAUGUCCAACGUUUCCAAGACACCAAUUCUCAAACCAGCUAAGGUAUUUGGAAAAGCAGCUGGUCAACCACCACCACCACCACCAGGGGGCAGCACGAUAUUUGGAAGAGCAGCUGAACCAUUACCACCACUGCCACCACCACCACCAGGGGGCAGUACCAUAUUUGGGAAAGCAGCUGGUCAACCACCAUCACAACUACCAAGUAGUGCAUCAGGCAUGGUUGCAUCAUGCAUGGUUGCACCAUCACUAAUGCAUGAGUCAAUGAAGAUGUCUUCCAGCCCUUUUUCUUCCUUUGAUGUACAUAUGAGGGCUAAUGGAAGAGCAGGAGUACCUUCUGAAUUUAUUCAAACCUCUAGGGUGUCAUCUAGCUCAGGAUCUCUCUUUGGAGCUCCAGUUGAGAAGUUAGAGAUGCAGAUUGGUGGAGGGUCCGGAGCACCCACACAUAUGCAACAAUCAAAGUCUUCAUUUGGUUUUGGUGGUGGGUUAGGAGCACUAUCAGGGAUGCAACAAUCAAGCCCUUCAUUUGGUUUUGGUGGUGGAUUUGGAGCACAACCAUCAGAUAUUCAACAAUCAAGCCCUUCAUUUGGUUUCGGUGGUGGAUCUGGAGCACCAUCAGGGAUGCAACAAUCAAGCCCUUCAUUUGGUUUUGGUGGUUUAUUUGGAGCACCACCACAGAUACAACAAUCAAGUCCUUCAUUUGGUUUUGGUGGUGGGUCUGGAGGACCACCAGAGAUUCAACAAUCAAGUCCUUCAUUUGGUUUUGGUGGUGGGUCUGGAGGACCACCAGAGAUUCAACAAUCAAGCCCUUCAUUUGGUUUCGGUGAACCAUUUGGAGCACCACCACUAACGUCACAGUAUGUCUUUUGCUCACAAAGUCAGAAUGAGGACAUUUUUGAUGUGAUGUCUGAAGGACUUGCACCUCCUCCCCCACCUGAUGUACCGGCUUUAAAAUCAGUGACAAAGCCACCACCACCAACAUCACAACCACCAAUCAUGCAUAAACGUUUGUAUAGGGAAGCAGGUGAGAAAGGAUCACCACCCCCACCAUCACCACGUGGUUCCUCAUCACCAAGUGGUUCUUCUUUUUCGUACAAGUCUCGCAGUCGACGUUCUGAUGAUGUUGCAGAAAAAGAGGACAUAAUCCAGAUGAUGGGCGACUUCGACAAGCCAGUGUUCAGAAAAAUAGAGGAAAAGCAAGAAGUAGAAAAAUUUUGUAGUAGGAAUUCAGACGUGAUGUAUCGUUCUAAGCAGAGCAAGAUGGCAGAUGAUAAGAAGCAGGAAAUAGAUUCAGAGAAAAGGCAAGAAGAAAAAUUGGUUCAUAGGGGAGCAGAAAGGAGGUGUUCUAUGCGCAUUAACAAGAUGGUGGAGAGGGAGCAUGAAAUAGAACCCCUUUUGCCUGAAAAACUAAUGGCACGGAGUAGCGAAAGAUUACUACCCUUUCUUCAUCGGAAAAAGAAAGUUGCAGUGACGGAAAAGCCAGUACCUGGAUAUAUGGAACUGCUGCUGUUGGAUGUUGCACCCCUGUCUCUUGGAGUAGAAGAUGCGGAGGGCAACUUCAUUGUUAUUAUUCCACGAAACUGUACCGUACCAUGCAGGAAAGAGCAGGUCUUCACAUGUAUUGAUGACCGCCAGUCUUGUGUGGAUGUGAGGGUGUAUGAAGGCUGUCUUAAGAAGGCGAGCCACAACAACUUCCUGGGACAGUUGCAAGUCAAAAAUAUCUUGCCUUGCUGCCCUGGGAAAUCAUGGAUUCAAGUUACCAUUGACAUUGACGCCAACAGCAUCACAACAGUCACAAUAAAGGACGUCAGGUCACAUCGCACCGAGUCUUUUAAGAUAGACCAUGACAAGAAUCGAUUGAGUUCUGAGAGCAUUGAACAAAUGAUCCAUGAAUCGGACAAAGAGAGGCAGAACACAGACAACAAGUUAUUACCAAGGACUCCCAAACUUCCAGCAUUACCAACUGGAUAUACAGAGAAAUCCGGAGAGGAGGAGAUGAAUGCCUUAGGGAUUGGAUCCCUUGUUACUAAUGUUCUGAAGAAGUCGCCCAAUCUAAAAUUAUCCUCUCUCAACUCCAUGUUCAACAUCCAGGAGAACAACUUGUGGAAGCUUGGUGCAAAUUUGGAGGAGACUUUUGGAAUUGACAUCACAAAGUGUUUGGAUAUUCUUCAAAGAGCAGGCCUGCAUUCGUUAGGUAAGAAGAUCGGGGAUGAAGUCCUGGAGAUCAUCUCGACAGCCUUAGCCCUGCUUCUCAUCAUGAAAAUAAUUGCACCAGAGUUAUUCCCCUUGGACGUCUCUCAUCAGUGCAACAUUAUUUCUGCAUACAUAAUGGCGGAGGACAAGCUUCAGAAAAUGAAUGUGGAUGGGAAUUUACCGGAGGAGAAGCUGAAGACCUCAGUCGAUGCUUACAUGGAAAAGCGGCAGAAAUAUGACUGGGUGUGUGAUAUGCUGGAGUUGGGCCAUAGUUGGGAGGAAGUGGCCUAUAAGAUGCUGGGCUACACGGCCGCUUCACCUGGAGAGGGCGCUGUUUACAUUGCAGUCUAAUGAAUGAAGGGUUAUCAAGCUUAACAAAAUACAUUGUACACAUUGAUGAAUUUCAAACUGUAGUUGAUGGAAAAGGAAGUCUGAUAUAAUCAUUUAAUUUAUUUAAGAUAAUUUAUCUCUGUUUAUUUGUGUAUAGAAUUUAUUAAUUGAUUUAUCAAUCAUGUUAAUUAGUGAUGUUUGUCAAUCAUAUUAAUUAGUGAUAAUGGUUGCUUCAUUGCCUGUGAUAUUGGAGGAAGUUUUUGAAGCUUACAGAAAAUCCAUGGUGUUACAUUGUAUGCAAAAUGCAGAUAUUUCACAUCAUUGAAUUCUUUUCUUUUUUUACCAUGUAUUAAGUUAUGUUAACCAACACAAAAUAUAAGUAGCCUUAUUUGUUACAGAUCACACUAACUCUUGUUUUAAUGACAGCACACACAUUUAUCACUCUCCUGUUUUUAGUAAGAUAGAGGUGUUUUAACUUCACCUCGCCCGAUAUGUGUCAGGUCACUAACUGUGUAACUAAUAGUAAAACUCUUCUGGUUUUAGUAAGGUAGAGGUGUUUUAACUUUGAAAUUCAUUGAUAUCCAAGGUCGCUAUCAAGUGAUGUGUGUCUUUUUAUGAGGCUCCACACAAUCUGACCUUAGAAAAAGAAACCAAUAUUUAAAGUACCGACACCAACAUUUGGUAGCGUGCACAGAUCAACUGUUGAACCUUAAUUUGUACAAGAUGCUUCUUUUAAUACCAUAAUUUCUCAAUGUUUACAGAACUAUAACACACCAAAGAAAACCAUGCAAGAUGAAAAUUUAAGAUAUGCACAGUACUAUUUUCAAAUGGAAAACUUUUAUAAUUUACCUUGUUUGAUGAAAAAUUGCCAUUAUAUUUAUUUUUAAAAAUCUGUUGGACCAGAUCGCACUAUCUGUAGAAUAGCAGCAUGCAUUUCUUUAAUGCGGUUUUUUAAUAUUCUUAAAUUUCCCAGUAACCUUCAUUUGUGUGUAUAGAUGUAUUUACUCCUGCUAAAAUUUUCAAUGAAAUUACAUGUAUAAUUGCACACAAGGAAGUUCAGAAUUUUGAAAUUUAAAAAAAAAUUAGCCAGACCUUUGGGUGACAUUUAAACAUGCCUGUGUCACGAGGAGACAAAAUCAACUAAUCUUUUGGAAAACAUGGAUCCAUGAAUUUCGCUCUCAGUCAUCUUAACAUUUCUAAAAUACUAACCAUGGAAAAGAAUAUGUAUCCCAAUUGUUUUUUAAAGAUUAAUCUUGAUAGACUUAAGGAGGAAUAACACCUUGUUUUACAAUGGCUGACUUCCUUUCAAAUGGACAAAUUUGAUGGGAAAAAAGCUAAUAAUAAGUUGUAAAUUUACAAUCUAGUUUAAAUACUUGGAAUAUUCAAUGAUUUGUGUAUAUUUUCAGGUAUUUGCUUUAUACAUGUCACAAAGCAAUGACAUGUAUUCUCCACAAGUGAUGAUAUUGUUUUCUAUUUUGUACUAGAACCAGUUUAGUACUGUCACAGCACUGCUUGGCUAUUAUACAACUCCAUAAGCCUGUCAUAAGUUUUGUUAAUUUACUGUAUCAUUAAGGGAGAAAGAGAUUAAUGUAAUUAAAACAUAAGAUGAUAAUCAAAGUUGAUUUUCAGCACUGUACCAGUUUGUUAAUUUAACAGUCAUGUAACCAAAUAUACUUCAAGAGACUAUGGGAACCAACUUCAUCAUAAGAAUUGAAUUUAUUAUGUUACAUAAUUAUGUCUUUUUAAAAUCUAACAAUUUAGUGUGAAUUAAUUCCUUUUCUCAAUUUGGUUUUCUGAGGUACUUAAUUUUUAACAUUUGAGUGUUGAUCUUGCAUGCUAUAAAAUUUUAAUGCAUAUUUCUUGCACUACAUGUACAAAAUGAUUUAUUUUGUAACACUUUAAAUAGAUUUCAAUAAAAAACAGUUAUUACA